GUUUGUUGUUGACGCUCACACACGCUUUAUAGGAGUGCGAAAAAAUGUGUUUUUUCUUUAAUUAUCUAUGUUAAGUCGAGUGAUAUAUGAGAGGAGGGAAGAUAGUGCCACUGUGAUGUGCCUGGUGUAAGAGGGUGAGACAGCAACCAUGGUUCGGAACAAGCCAGCGCCGCAGCAGCUGAAUGAGGCACAGCAGAGGAGGGCACAAUGGAACCUCCUGGAUGGCCCAGGACCUGUGAACAAUGAACAAGCUGGGGAUAAUGAGGACGUUCACAAUCACGCACCCAAUCCACCGCAGAGGGAGUUUGGUCACAAUGAUCUUGCAUUGCUGAUAAAUGAUGACCUCAUCGAUGACGAUGAAGAGGACGAGGAUUUUGUUCCAGAUCCAAUAGGGGAUGCGGCACUGAGGAACCAUGGGUUCUUCAUGGGGCAAUACAUGCCGGAGGAGGUGGUGAUAGACGAUGAUGAAGGGGAGGAAGAAGACAACAAUGACUUGUUUGUUAUUGGAGAGGUGAAUAACGCGAGGCAGAGGCAGAGGAGGAGGAACCGUGAGCCAAAGGACGGACUUAAUUAUGGAAGCUUCAACCAUGUACUUAAUGACUGCCAAUUUUAUGCCAAAGUUUCCAAGAAAAAGACAGGUAAAGAAAUAGUGCGUCGUUCAGAAGACAUGAGAUUUUGUCAUUUUGGAAUCAUGAAGUUAAGACUGAAAGGAGGUGUCAAAUAUGAGGAGAUAUUGCAGAUACCAAGCCAUGAGUUUUGGGUAUAUGUCAGUGUUGAAUAUGACAAAAGUGCAAUUUACUUUGAGUGGAAUUCAGAAGAAUCACCAGGGAAGGCCAAGCAGAGAAAGAAAGCCAAUGCCUUCCGAUAUUUCAUGAUAGAUGGCCUUUUGGAUAUAGAUCUUUGGGAAGGAGUGUCAAAGCAGAGGUAUUUUGAUCUUGAGUUGAGUGAUUUCGAUGAUGUGAUGUCUGAAAUGACCCUGAACAUUUAUUUUAAAAAGGCAGGACUCACGAAUCUGAAGUAUGCAAGUGACAGUGUCCAGUGCAGUGAUGCUUUGGGGAAAGUAAUCUCUCAUUUUUUCAAUAUUGUACCAUUUUCUUUCACUGGAGAAAUGAAGCUGAAACAUGACACAGAGGUCUUGUACAAAGCUGUGAAAGAAUACCACAACAAUGUUGAGUACGUAGACCUUGACGUGCAGCACUCUAGCCUGAUUCCCCAGUUACGUCCCUAUCAGAAGGCAGCUGUUCGGUGGAUGCUGCAUCAGGAAAACUAUGGGGGUGACAAACAGACAGAUGAGGGGGAGCUCCAUUGUUUGUUUACGGAGAUUAAAUGUGAGGACGGCACUGAGUUGUAUUAUAACAAAUAUGGGGGUUUCAUUGUGAAGGAUAAACCCUUGGCUGUGGCUCCUUCCCCGGGAGGAAUUCUAGCAGAUGAAAUGGGUUUAGGGAAAACCGUGGAAGUACUUUCAUGCAUACUGAACCACCCAAGGAAAGAAGUCCCCAAGCCAGAUUAUCAGGAGCCAGUGAGGGUUGAGCAGAGCAGAAAGCGGAAAUCGGCCAAGAAAGAUGUUGCUGGUGAUGUGUACACACUCCACCAGGAGGAAAAUGAGGACGAGGAGAAUGCCAUUGACAGCAACCACCAUGUGGAGUUCAGUUGCAGUAAGUCCCCGAGUGAAGAGAAAGAGGAAACACCUGCAAGGAGAGGCAAGGGAAGGGCAGCUAGGAAACGUCAGGGACAUGUCAAGGUUCACAUUCCCAAGAAGGUGGAAGAGAAGGACGAAGAUAAAGAAGAUGAAACUAGCAGAAGCGGUCGACCCAAAAGGCGUGCAGCUAGAUCGACUGGUGCAUAUGCGGACUAUGACAUAGACUCCGAGGAUGAGGAUGACUAUAAACCACCAGAGAAGAAACUUGUGUCAACCAAGUCCCCUUCCGUGAAAAAAGCUCCUGUGUAUAAUCCAGAACAGGAAAUUAGUGAAGACACUCACUGGUCCAGUAUUGAGUCAGUGAUUAUCAAUGAGUGCUGGGAGGGCAAAGCCAAAGAGUACAAAAAGGAAGGCUCUUAUAAGGACUUCCGUAAAUACCUGAAGAUGAAGAAGAAGGACCCAUAUCACAUGAUGACCCUCAAAGAGAGGCUUCAAGCUCAGUACAAGAACAGUAUAGCCGAGUACAGUGCAGUAGGCUUUGUGUCUAAACGAGCCAUACAAGGCUUCUUUGACCUCAAAGUGGAGCAGAAGAGUUACUUUGAAUGCAUCUGUGGCUCCACCACAGCAGAAGACCGGGAUGAGAAGUUCCGUGUGCAGUGCUCCGUGUGUAGCUUAUGGCAGCAUGCGGAGUGCGUGCAGUUUGACGUUUCUGACCCAUACCGAGGUGUCUACAUCUGUCCCCAUUGUUGGACGCAAGAGACCCCAGUUGUGUCUGAAGCAACACUCAUUGUUACUCCGUCAUCUAUUAGUUACCAGUGGGUGGACGAGAUCAUGAAGCAUCUGAAGAACAAGGCACUGCGCAUGCUAGUAUACAAGGGCGUGGCAACCCAGGGCUACAUGCAGCCACGCUUCCUGGGCAACUUCGACAUCGUCAUCACCACCUAUGAAACACUGCGGCAGGAACUCAAUUAUGUGGAUCUACCUCACAGCAACAGCGAGAUGGGGCGAAGAUUCCGUCACCCCAAGCGCUUCAUGGCCACUCCUUCGCCACUCCCUUGUGUCGAGUGGUGGCGCGUGUGCUUGGACGAGGCACAGAUGGUUGAGUGCACCACCACCAAAACGGCUGAGAUGGCGCUACGACUUGCAGCCAUCAACAGGUGGUGUGUCACGGGAACCCCUGUCCAGAAGAGCGUCAACGAUUUGCAGGGAUUGUUGAUGUUCCUCGGUGUAGAUCCUUACGGCGUGGCACAGUGGUGGCACCGCUGUCUCUACGUACCCUACUGCCACCAUCAGAAGGAACCCCUCCACAACCUGGUGUCACAGUACCUCUGGCGCAAUGCCAAGAAAGACGUCAUUCAUCAAAUCGACAUCCCCAAGCAGAUGGAGGAGAUCCACUGGCUGACAUUCACACGUGUGGAGGAGCACUUCUAUCAGCGGUUGCAUGCCGAGUGUUCUUACGACGCACAGCAGAGACUGAAAAAGUUCUCAGACCCCAAGACCAAGCUGAGUGACCUAGACCGCCAAACCCUGAGCUCCCUCCUCCACCCUCUGCUCAAGUUGCGUCAGGCUUGUAAUCAUCCUCAGGUUGUGAAAGGCCAGUUCAUGUCCAUAAACCGCAAGACAAUGACGAUGGAGAUGCUCCUCGACAACCUAAUUAAGAAGACCAAGCUGGAGGCUGAGGAGGCUCACCGCUUACUUGUAGCCUCAAUGAACGGCCUGGCUGGAGUACAUAUCAUCAAGGAGGAGUGGGUAGAGGCCGUCAAUGUGUACAGAGGAGUCCUCCAGUCCAUCGAGGAGCAUAGCAACAUCAAGACGGACUCACUACAGCGUCUUCACACCCUCCACAACUUGGCAGAGCUCAUAGAGUCCAAUCACCAGGGAGUAGCUCCCACCCUCAGGGACAGUACGCUCAGGGAGCAAGCUGAGGCGAUUCGCAAGCGCUACCUACAGCACCACCCCCAGCAAGUUACCACAGCCAGUGAAGAAUGCACCUCCAAUACGGAAGCAGUUGAUGAACUUAAAAACCGAUAUAACUCAAAUAUCGUUUGGUGGCUAGGGGCAUUGCAGUCUUUUGACAAUGACUUUGUACAGGAGGUGCGAGAUGAAAUGCUUUCUUCCUACUCAAGGUUUGAGGAGCACAAAUGUCUUCUUUAUCCAGUACAAUCCAAAGUGCACAUGCAGCGGGUUUUGAAUGCAGAGAAUGACAAGAUGAAGGAGCAGAGGUCAGACAUGAUCAAUGGCGUGAAGCACCUUCUCACUGUUGAGUUGACAUCCAUGCUGGACCUCGCCAUUGACUGCCACCUUCGGCCCACAGAGUCAGAGCCACCUCAGUGCCUUCUGUGUGCCACCCAUGAGUUCUUUGAGGACUAUGAGGAAACACUCUUCUCCAUGAAGGAACUAAAGCACAGCAGGACAACAGGUGUGUCCAAGGAGACUGAAGAUGUAAAGGAUAAGGCCCAGGUGCUGCAAGCCACCCGUCGAGGAAACUGGGGUCAGAGUGAGACAGAGCGGGUAUUGAGGUACCUCCAGACAAGGUGCUUGGGCAAGGUUGAGAAUGAGAUCUAUGAAGACUCGCAUGUUUACUUCCAGUCCCUAGAAGCCAUGAAAAAGGAAUUCAAGAACUACCGCAUCCUGUGGCGCUCCCUCUUUGAUUCCGUGUCUGCUAUGGAUGAGGUGAAUAUGGCUACCAUCCGCCUCCGCCUCCGGUUCCCAGAUGAAGAACUGCCGCAGCAAAAGAAGAAGAAGAAUGGCCCAGACCUGGAUAAGAAAGUGGAGGCCUUGCGCUAUGUGAUCGAGCCAGCCGAACUUGGCCAGCAGGAGAUCAAGCUGAAGUCAGACCAAAUCGUGGCAAAGAAUGACCUGCGGAUCAAAUUGGGCCAGCUUCUCUACCUGCAAAAUUUGUCCAAGACAGAUUUUGGCAAGGAAGGGGGAAAGAACCCUGAGCCAUGUCCCAUUUGCCAGGGGGAUCUUGGGGAGAAGUGGGCUGUGCUCCUCUGUGGACACUGCUACUGCAUGGAGUGCAUGAGGACGCUCUCCAACAGGGGUUUCAAUGGACUUGACAAGAGCAAUGUCAAGUGCCCUAUGUGCAGACAGCCAACGCGUACGAGAGAGAUCUCCUAUGUGGACACUAAAGCCAAGGAGGAAGAGGAAUAUAUCAAAGUCCAGGGCAGCUUGUCAACUAAGGUAGAGGGUGUGGUGCGUCUCAUGCUCAAGAUCAAGCUGUCAGACCCUGAGGCUAAAGUUUUGGUCUUCUCCUCAUGGGUAGAUGUGCUUGACGUCAUAGCAGAUGCCUUUGCACAGAACGGGAUCACUUUCAGGGCCCUGCAUCAACACUCAAAGUUUCAGAAACACUUGGCAUCAUUCAAAAGCAAUAGCCUUAUCAGUGCCCUGCUGCUGCCCAUCUCCUCGGGUGCAAACGGCUUGAACAUCAUUGAGGCGGCCCAUGUCAUCCUGGUGGAGCCCAUCCUCAACCCAGCAGCUGAGCUGCAGGCCAUUGGCCGGAUCCAUCGCAUUGGCCAGACCAAGGAGACAACUGUUCACCGGUUCCUUGUACGUGACACCAUUGAGGACCGCAUGCACCACAUCCUCAAGCACCAUCAUGCUAUCAUCCACACAGAUGAAAAUACAGUCACCAUUGAGGACCUCCGUAACCUGUUCUUGCACCCAGAAGAGCUGGAGCUGCAGAGGGAGAUAGCCCAUGGGACCAGCCAGCACAAUGGGACGGGCAGCCCACAGUGCGAUUCACAAACACAGGAUGGUUCAGGAGAAGGCAGUGGUUGUAGAACUUCUUCAGGUUCUACUUCUGCCAGUGUGGAGAAUGGCAGUGUGUUAUCAGCAUUAGAAAGUAGUGACAGUGUUAGUAGCCCUUCAACUAGUAAACAGUCAGUGAGUCAGUGUAACAGUGAUGAUGCAACUGUGGUAAAAGCCUCUUCGUCCUGGUUACAGCCAGAUGAAGACCAGCCGUCAACUAGUGGACACAGUGCAGAUGAAUUUUCCUGUGAUAGAAAUCUAAACCCUGAUUCACCUGCCAGUGAGUUUUUCAUGUGUGAGGCACCAGAAAGAAACAGUUUGCAAUCCUCCUCUUGUACCCCUGAGAUUGACUCAUCAGUAUUAUCAUUAGAUUCGGUAUUGCAGGAGCUUGAUGUGUCUCCUCCAGCACCCAGGGAUAACACUGUACCUCUGUCACCAUCCAGUUCUCUUCAGGAUAGAUAGGAGAGUAGAAAUAGGACUUCUCUCAUAGUAGAUGACUGUGACUUGGAGAUUUAGAGCUCCAUAAAAAUUGCUAGAGAUUUAUAAGGAUUUUUUUUUUUUUUUUUUUUUUUUCUAGUUUACUUGCCUUUCUGAGUCUAAGGUAAAUAUAGGGAAGAAUUGUCCAGGUAUUAGGAAAGCAGAAGUAGACUCAUGUUCAUCAAGAAACAAGAAUCAUCAGUGAACAUUUGAGCAUUCCAACUUUAGACGCUUUAUUGUUGUAGAGUUUUUGUAUUGUAUUUUUUUACCAAUUUUACCAGCAGUAUAGUUGCAGGAGGAAUUCGUACAUAAAAAUCAUUAUUACAUUUUCUUUUCUUUUUUUUUUCUUUCUUUUUUUUUUCCCACACAGUUUCAUAUCAGUCAUUUGAUUGACAAGUCAGCCCAAGAGAAUAUAUAGUAGUUAACGUGUAUGACAGAAAAAUCUCAUUCCUUUGAAAGAAUGGGUGAUAUUGAUUUUUUACGAUGUCUUCAUUUUAAUUGUGAUAAAUAGAUAACAGGGUUAGGUGGGAAGUAUAGCACAGCUGUUUACCUCAUUAUGUCUUAGUCUUUUAGUUUUAGAUAUGUAUUAUGUGUUUCUUAUUACUUCAUAGUAGAGUCUACACACUAUCAACUGUUUAGCUUUGUUUUGCAAACUUGUGCAUUAUUAUUGUUUACUUUUAUGAUUUUUUUUCUGACAAUGUCCUUUUUUCUAAAAUACUUCUUAUACAUUUUUUCUUGCGAUAAUUCCAAAUUUUUUAUGUACAAUAGAUGUAUAAUAACAUUACAGAAUAUUGUAAUAGAGAAGGAAGAAAAAAGGUAAAAGAGGUUAUUAUUUUCCUUUGUGGUCUAAAUUAUUAUUAUUAUUUUUUUUUUUUUUUUUUUUUUUUUUUUUUUUUUUUUUUUUUUUUUUUGUACAUAUAUUUGUUUGUUCUAUUCAGAUACAUUUAUUAAUUCUUUGAAUCAUAUGUACUCUCCGUUUUAUUUGUUUUUAGAUACCUUGGACAAAAGAGAAUCAUAUAUGAGUGCAUUUUACAAAAUGUAUCACUUUCCGACAUGUUUGUCAGUGGUGGAUAUGCAUCUUACAAAAUUUUUCUUGCCUCUAUGGGCUCAAGAAAGUAGAUAUUAUUAAAUAAAAAGAAAUUACAUAACAUAGUGGUUUUCAAAAUGGGUAUAAUUAAUAUGGAAUUUUUUUAACCCAAUACGUACAGGUAUAUGUACUGUCCCCUGUAGUUUCAUGUGAAUUUUGUUACAUACACAUGGCUC